AUGGAUUCUCUCACGGAAACCUACAAACGUCGUUCCUCAGAUGUGCCUCCAGCACGUCAAGGCAGGAUGAAAAUCGACUCUCUACUGAACCCCUCGGGCAAUGACAGCCGUGAUGAACGGAGUAGCAGGGCAGGGUCCCCUUACAGCCAGCACGCGGCAAUGUCAUCUUCGUCACACAGCGGCGGCUACAUACAUUCACCGAGCUACCCACCAUCUCCGAAUCAGUAUUGGUACGGACGAUAUCACGAUUACCACGACACCAGCCCGGGCGGCGCAUCAUCGGCUACCACCCGCACCAGCGGUGGCAGCAGCAUCAGUAGCAGCAGUUCCCACCACCACCACCAUCAUCAUCAUCACCACCACCACCAACAACACAACCAGCACUCGGGGAUGGGUCAACACCACCACCACCACAUGUUCCUGUCCUACCGUCCCUCGAAUGAAUCCACGCACUCGUCACCGGACCCGUAUCACCCACGUGAGCGGUGCGACUCUGUCUCCUCGAGCUCCAGCAACAACGGUGACCGGCGACGUCCGCCUCGACCCAAGUACGAAGAAGAGGAGAUGUACUUCAUCUGGUACCACCGUGUCGAUUUGUGCCAGGAAUGGAAAGAAGUGCGCGAAAGUUUCAACCGUCAGUUCCCCAGCCGGCAACGACGGGGGUUCCAAGGAAUCCAGUGCAAGUUCUACCGCUUCAUCAAGGAGAAGAAAUGUCCCACCCUACGGGAACAAAGACGCAUGCGUGACGGCGAGUUCCUGCGCGAUGGUGCCUCGAUGGGUGUUGAGUCUGGCGCACCCAAAUUUGGGGUCCGUGAAUGGGCCAAUGUGUGGUACCCGUGGAUGCGAGAGGACGCCGAAGUGAAACCGAGUCAGUCACGCAUGUCGACAUGA